CGCGCGACGGCCGCACGCGCCCGUUCGUUGAUUCCCCGUGACCCUGCCGGGACGUCCGGUCCGUCGUCGCUCGAGUCUCACCAUCGUCGCCGAUCGCCUCACGGACGUCACAUCGCCGGACCCCACGUUACCGCCACUGCAGCUCUCAGCGACGCUCCAUCUCCAGGACCAAGGGGUAAAAUUGAAAAAUUGACCGGCUUCAAUUAUCAGGGGAAUCCGCUGCAUCACCAUUGCAUUUUAUGGUACAGUUGCAGUAUUAAAUCGACAAAGAUUUAAACAUAAUAUAGAAGAAAUAGUUUAAUUUCUAAACACUAUUGCCCACAAAAAUAUUGAAAAAUAUGCCAAAACUAACUAACACGGAACGGACAAAAAACUUUCGAAAACAACAAAAGAAGAAAUCUAAGACAUCUGGACAACAGAAAACUUCAGCUCGGACCAGUACAGAACGAUCUCGAGAACACAGAUCUCGAGGGAAGGAGAAACAACCUAAUAUAAUUUCGAUGACGAGACGUCAGAGUGCGCCCGUGUCGUUAGAAGUCAACUACAGUGUGGAGGUAAUAUAAUAUAAACUUUUUCAUUUACAAUGUUCCUCUUCCGAAUCGGCAGAACCGGCCGGUUGGCUGAGACUUGGCGACCUGGCGAUCGGCGACGGAGGCGUGUGCGUCACGUCGCUGAUCAAGGACAAGAUACGCGAGUACAUGCUGAACGAAGAACAGCAGCAGACGACCGCGAUGUCCUCCAGUAGCGCCGCGGUUCCGGUCCACGCGGUGCAGGCGUCCAAGAACAGCGACGUCACGUGCGUCCGGCGCAUCGGGAACUCGCUGGACCUGCUGUUGCGCGAGCCGGAACGCCGGUCACGCCGUGGCCGCCACUGCAAACAGUCGUCGUCUUCGCCGCCGUCUAUCGCCGCCGCGGCCGCGGACGUGACUUCUGCCGGCUGCGCGGUCAUCACCGCCUCGGUCGACCACAUCGCGACCACCGCGGUGGUCACCGCGCCCGCCGACAGCUCGCGCCCGACCGUCGACCGACCGCUGCCACCGCUGCCACCGCUGUUCACCAAACGCUAUUUCAUAGAAGACGAGAUGCAAAUUAGCCGCAUGCCGAUCCCGGCAGAUGAUUGUGCAAACAGCGAAAUGUCUGUUGACACAAGUCCCUCAGAUACAAAGACCGAUGAUUUGGAAACCAUGACAAAAGUUAAUGGUGAUAGUCACAAAAAGUUAAAUGGAACUAUUGUAGACAAUUCUAUAGAAGCUGAAGAAGCUUCCCAAGAUGUAAUUAAGAAAGAUGAAGAAGACAAUAAAGAUGAAGAUGAUGAAGAAGAAAAAUUAGAAAAAACAAACGAUAAAAAAGAAAAAGAUCCAGAAAACAAGACUGAACCUUCAUCCAAAAGUACUGAUAAAAUUGUGAAAAAUGGGACGUCUGAAGAAGAAAAAUCCAUAGAAACUACUAAUGACGAAACUUCUACAACUAAAAAUGAUAGUCCUAAAAUAAAACAAGUAGACAAAGAUGAAGAAGUUAAACUUAUGGAAAUUGAUGAUACUGAAGAUCAAACUAAUGAAGAUGUAGUUAUUAAGAAAGAAACUUCAGAAGUUGAUGAACCAGAAGCUACUAAAGAUACAGAAACUCAAGAAAUAGAAAAGACUAUUAAUGGAAAAAGAAGUCACAAGGACGAAAUUAUUACAACUAGUAAUGCAGUAUUGAAAAAUAGUGAAGAAGAAACAAAUCCAGUGAAUGGAGAAGUUAAACUUGGUGAAGAUGAAAAACCCUUUAAAUCUGAAAAAGUCAUUCGUAAAGUUCUUGAAGAAGAGGAUAUCUCUAGUGAAAUUAGUACAGAUACACUUUCACCUAAACAAAUAGAUGAACCAAUUGCACGUAAGAGGUCUGCUGCUAGUCACGAUGAACUUAGUGUUGUGAGUGGAGCAAGUAGCGAUAAUGAUUUACCUAAAAUUAAAAAGUUACGAUCUGAUGAAGACACACCAUUAUUAAAAGAUGAUACACGAGAACGAUUGAUAAAAAAUAUUGUACAGUCAAGUGGUAAAAAUGAAGUUGAAUUAAAUAAAAAUGUAGAGAAAAUACAGAAUGAAAUUAAAGUAAUUACGGAAAUAGCACAGACAAAACGUGACGAGUUGGUGACCCUUAUCAGGUUACAAAAACUCAAAGAGGAAAUUAUUGAACGAUUAAUGAUUAAACUAAAAGAACUUGAUGCUAUUAAAACAGAUAACAGCAAAGACUGGAAUUUGCCAGAAAUGUUUCAAAUUAAUUUAAGUCAGCCUGAACAUAUACUAAGUGAAAAGAAUAUCAUAGAUAUUAUUGACAACCGUGGUGAUAAUCAACUUGAAAAAUCUGCAAUAAAUAACUAUGAUCAGAGUAUUUAUACUUCUUCAACACCUAAUACUAGUAUCACACCAGUUGCUUCAUCAUCUAAUGCUCAAUCCAACGAUUGGAUAUUAUCAGAAAGGGUGAAUCGCACCAAUCGUGUUCAAAGACCAAUACUGCCUAAGCCUUCUACAGCUAACAAUCAUAAAGAAGGUCGUCAAGGUCCUAUAUUAGAUGUUAAGCUGAUUAUUGCUGAUCAUCGAUCAAAGAAUCCUGAAACAGCUGUUACUAAAAGAGGCCGUCGAAAAGUGACAGCCAAUGAUUUUUCAGUACCCACAUCUUCAGCUCCAUUACGUUAUCCAAAUCCUAUGGGUUUUGGUAAUCCACUUCAUCAUACUAAUGAUGGAAAUUUUAAAACUACUAUCACGAACACCCAUGGAGUUCCAAACAAUGUUAUGGAACAUGGGUCUGAACAUAAUCGUUUUAAAGAUGUUCCUGCUUUUCCAGAAGUUACACUGCAUCCAGUCUUGCAGCCAAUGCAGCAACAGCAACAACAACAACAACAACAACAACAGCAACAACAACAACAAAUACAAAUACAACAACAACCACAGCCAACUUCUCUUUUACAUGGAAUUUUAACUAAAGGUGCUGGUACACACCAUUUGCCACUUAGUAUGUCACAUCCUCCAACCAAUUAUUCACCUACAUUAGCAAGACUUUUAACUGCACCAGAACGUUGCAAGCAAAGCAGAGGAAAACGUCAAGCACCUGCAGCUACUGUUGUGUCUUCCAAUGCGCAAUCUCGUAAUGAAAUAACUAUUACUCCAGUUCAGAGUACAUCAAUGUCUUCUACUUAUCAACAAAAACCAAGUUGUUCAUCAAAUAUACCACCUGCUCAAGUAGAUGAUGAAGACGCAUCUGAUAGACUGGUUAUUGAUGAAGGACAAGAUAUGAAUGCAAACUCUCCAUCUAGUGCUCCACAGUGUCAAGGUUGUAUGCAAAAACCAGCACAAUUUGUCUGUGCUGGAUGUGGCAAUCAAUGGUACUGCAGCAAAGACUGCCAAAUUGAUGCUUGGGAUGAUCAUUCAGAAGUCUGUAGCGGUUAAAUUCAUUUUUUAAACGUGACAUUUGUGCCAAAAAGAUCUCUUAAAGAUUAGUUCUAAACAAUUUGAAAUCGGUAGCUGGCUACCAAAAUUGUUUUAGUAGUUGACUUUGGUCUUAAGUAAAGACGUUUGGUGUGAAUCUAAGUCAAUUUACUAUGUUUACAUAUGAAUGUUUAAUAUGUGUGUAAACGUUUAACAAUUAUGCACAUAAAAUUAAUCUUUAUUAGGAACUGACAAAUUGUUAUAUACCUAUUUAUAUGUAUUUGUAUAUAUUAUUUUUAUUUUUUUUUAUAAAUUAUAUUAUAUAAGUCUUAAUAAUUUCCUAAUUCCACCAGUAGCUUAAUUGUAUAUGCGUAUUAGAAUCAUAGAGUCUUAUUUUGAAUACGUAAAAUACUGUUGGGUCAAUGACUGUUAAUUAAAUCACCCACUGUAUGCUUGUUGUUAAAUUGAUACAAGUACAAGUUAAUGUAUAUUGGAGACAAAUUUAUAGAGACUCAUGAUUUUUAUUUUGAAUCUACUCAUGAACUUGUGAACCUGCUUAAAAUAUAAAAACAAUUUAAAUUAUUUUUACAAACCAUUAAGGUUUCUAUUACUUGUUAU